GAGGACGCCCGGCCAGGGUGAACACCGCGGCAGGAGAAUACGGGAGACUGUGAGAGCAUGGGGAGCCUUUGUCGUGCAGCGUGAAACCCUUGAGCCUUUGGCCUAGGAGCUGGGAGACUCAGGGCCCUUUCCACACUCAGAAAUGGAGCAGGGCCUUCUAGGCAGUCCCAGCACCAUGAGCCCUGAAAGGUCCCAAGAGGAAAGCCCAGAAGACGACACAGAGAGAACAGAGCAGAAGCCCACGGUCAAAGAUGCCUUCAAAGACAUUUCCAUAUACUUCACCAAGGAAGAAUGGGCAGAGAUGGGAGACUGGGAGAAAACUCGCUAUAGGAAUGUGAAAAGGAACUAUAAUGCACUGAUUACUAUAGGUCUCAGAGCCACACGACCAGCUUUCAUGUGUCACCGAAGGCAGGCCAUCAAACUCCAGGUGGAUGACACAGAAGAUUCUGAUGAAGAAUGGACACCUAGGCAGCAAGUCAAACCUCCUUGGAUGGCCUUAAGAGUGGAACAGCGUAAACACCAGAAGGGAAUGCCCAAGGCGUCAUUCAAUAAUGAAUCUAGUUUGAAAGAAUUGUCAGAAACGGCAAAUUUACUGAAUGCAAGUGGCUCAGAGCAGGCUCAGAAACCAGUGUCCCCUCCUGGAGAAGCAAGUACCUCUGGACAGCACUCUAGACUAAAACUGGAACUUAGGAGCAAGGAGACUGAAGGAAAUACGUAUAGACUGCGAGAAAGAAAGGGUCAUGCAUACAAAGAGAUCAGCGAGCCGCAGGAUGAUGAUUACCUCUAUUGUGAGAUGUGUCAGAACUUCUUCAUUGACAGCUGUGCUGCCCAUGGGCCCCCUACAUUUGUAAAGGACAGUGCAGUGGACAAGGGGCAUCCCAACCGUUCAGCCCUCACUCUGCCCCCAGGGCUGAGAAUUGGGCCAUCAGGCAUCCCUCAGGCUGGGCUUGGAGUAUGGAAUGAGGCAUCUGAUCUGCCGCUGGGUCUGCACUUUGGCCCCUACGAGGGCCGAAUUACAAAAGACGAAGAGGCAGCCAACAAUGGGUACUCCUGGCUGAUCACCAAGGGGAGAAACUGCUAUGAGUAUGUGGAUGGAAAAGAUAAAUCCUGGGCCAACUGGAUGAGGUAUGUGAACUGUGCCCGGGAUGAUGAAGAGCAGAACCUGGUGGCCUUCCAGUACCACAGGCAGAUCUUCUAUAGAACCUGCCGAGUCAUUAGGCCGGGCUGUGAACUGCUGGUCUGGUAUGGGGACGAAUACGGCCAGGAACUAGGCAUCAAGUGGGGCAGCAAGUGGAAGAAAGAGCUCAUGGCAGGGAGAGGCUGCAGUGGGUCAUCCCCUCAGGGCUGCUCCAGUUUCCAGAUGAGAGAGAAUGGUGGGCAGGAUGAAGGUGGGGAGCACGGAGAACCAAAGCCAGAGAUCCAUCCAUGUCCCUCAUGCUAUCUGGCCUUUUCAAGUCAGAAAUUUCUCAGUCAACAUGUAGAACGCAAUCACUCCUCUCAGAACUUCCCAGGACCAUCUGCAAGAAAACUCCAACCAGAGAAUCCCUGCCCAGGGGAUCAGAAUCAGGAGCAGCAAUAUUCUGAUCCACGCAGCUGUAAUGACAAAACCAAAGGUCAAGAGAUCAAAGAAAGGUCCAAACUCUUGAAUAAAAGGACAUGGCAGAGGGAGAUUUCAAGGGCCUUUUCUAGCCCACCUAAAGGUCAAAUGGGGAGCUGUAGAGUGGGAAAAAGAAUAAUGGAAGAAGAGUCCAGAACAGGCCAGAAAGUGAAUCCAGGGAACACAGGCAAAUUAUUUGUGGGGGUAGGAAUCUCAAGAAUUGCAAAAGUCAAGUACGGAGAGUGUGGGCAAGGUUUCAGUGUUAAAUCAGAUGUUAUUACACACCAAAGGACACAUACAGGGGAGAAGCCCUACGUCUGCAGGGAGUGUGGGCGAGGCUUUAGCUGGAAGUCAGUCCUCCUCAGACACCAGAGGACACACACAGGGGAGAAGCCCUACGUCUGCAGGGAGUGUGGGCGGGGCUUUAGCCGGCAGUCAGUCCUCCUCAUUCACCAGAGGACACACACAGGGGAGAAGCCUUACGUCUGCAGGGAGUGUGGGCGGGGCUUUAGCCAGCAGUCAGUCCUCCUCAUUCACCAGAGGACACACACAGGGGAGAAGCCCUAUGUCUGUAGGGAGUGUGGGCGGGGCUUUAGGGAUAAGUCAGGCGUCUGCUAUCACCAGAGGACACACACAGGGGAGAAGCCCUACGUCUGCAGGGAGUGUGGGCGGGGCUUUAGCCGGCAGUCAGUCCUCCUCAUUCACCAGAGGACACACACAGGGGAGAAGCCCUACGUCUGCAGGGAGUGUGGGCGGGGCUUUAGCCAGCAGUCAGUCCUCCUCAUUCACCAGAGGACACACACAGGGGAGAAGCCCUACGUCUGCAGGGAGUGUGGGCGGGGCUUUAGCGUUAAGUCAAGCCUCUGCUAUCACCAGAGAACACACACAGGGGAGAAGCCCUACGUCUGCAGGGAAUGUGGGCGGGGCUUUAGCGUUAAGUCAAACCUCCUCAGUCACCAGAGGACACACACAGAGGAGAAGCUCUACGUCUGCAGGGAGGAUGAGUAAGUCAUUAGUAAUAAAACCUCAUCUCAAUAGCCACAAGAAGACAAAUGUGGUCAUCACACACUUGCACACCCCAGCUGUGAGGUGGCUUCAGCGGAAGUCUGCUGACCCUUUAUAUUCCCCGAGAGUAUAAAGAGAUCGGAAAUAACUAAUUAAACAAAUCCGCCACUUUCAUGACUAAAGAUGAGGAAGAACAGGGGAUAGUUCUGUAAGUGUUCGGGGGACAUCAGCAUGUGUGGUUCUUUCCCGUACUGAUCCCCUCCAUUUUUUGUUUGUUUUUUGCCUCCUGUUCUAAUAAAUUUUGUCUCCAUACA